AGAGGAUCUGUACUUUUUUUUUUUUUUUUUUUUUUUUAAUUUACACCCUUGUCACCCCCACGUCCCCAUCACCGACCUGAGCUUUAAAACAGCAGCUGGAUGCCAUCUGCAAGUUUAUGCCUUACUGUCCGUCAGUGUUGUGGUUUGCUGGCUGAUAUAAUGCUCAGUAAAACUUUAACAAGCCUGCAGUGCUGUAGAGGACGUCCAGCAUUAAACAGAUUACUUCUUGAUCCGUGAAGAACAGGACCUUGAAAUUAGCAUGCGGUUGCCACGGUGACGGCGUAACGCUAAAACUGAACUAACGGACAUUUAGAAAGUUUGUUUUUAAGUGGGGACUCUGUGUUGUGGUAUUUUUUUAUUAAUAUAAACAUUCUAGAUAAAAGGACUCAAGGACUCUGGGAGAUGGGGCUUCCUGUAAACAUUCGUGGAGACGCUUACUGCCUCAUAACGGACCGAGGUUUACAGCAGGGGACUUUACUGGCUGUUAAAACUUAGCGAAGGACAACAGAGCAAACCCCGCUAGCAUCGUUAACACACCUGUCUGCACGGGAAAAUAUGGAGAAUACCGAGCACACUGUUUUUAGAAGAGAAUACAGGACAUUCUUCUCCUAAGGUGCCAGAGUGAAAGCACAUCUUGGAGAAGAUGGUGAAAAAUAAAAAUAUUAGUGGGCGUCUAAAUCGCUCUUCCACAUGUAAGACAAAAAAGUCGGGCUCCCAGAUCCGAGGCAGCACAGACCCAACUCCACCACAUUAUCCAGCCGACGGUGGCGUCCCUUCAUGUCCUCCAGAGCCCCAGAUCACCAGCCAAAAUCAGCCGGGCUUCCCAGACAGAGUCUACCUGCUGGCUUCAGUCAUCUUCCAGAAUUGCCACCGGGAGAGGCCUGCUGCGUGCCGGUUGGUGAAUUAUGGCAACAAGAGAGGGCUCAAACUACCUGAGGUCAAAAAUCAGAAGAUGCAACAAGCAGGUUAUGAGCUUGCCUUCAGUACACUGAAAUAUCAAGAACUGCUGGAGGACAUCAUGAUUGACAGCCGCUUUUAUCUCUCUCAGUCAGUGCCCGACGAUCAGAUGGGCCUGGUUGCCGUCAUGCUCUGUGACUUCCAAGACAGGAAGUUCCUCCCAUGGGAAUGCCAGUGGGAGGAGGAGAUCAUACAAGAAGUUAGAGAUGUGAAGAACUGCCUCUUCAGGUUUAAAACCAAGCUGGCAGCCUCUCUGGCUCGCUGCAGGAUCAAACGUGGUCUCUUGUCCAUUGAGUGUAUUCUGCCAGAGAGUGUGAAAAAGAUGCAGGAGAGAUCAAAAAGCCUUCCACUUUAUGCAUGGGUCAACACGCUGAAGAGCAGUCUUGAUGAGGUCCAGAGUGUGUUGAAGAGUGCAGGCUUCUCGCAGGUGAAAUCGAUUGGACAGUUGGAGGGCCAGACCUUCUGCCAGGAUCCCCACUGUGGGGAUAUACUGGUAUUCCCCGCUCAGCUGAAAGCUCAACUGUACUCCACCGAACUGCUUAGUGACCACAAACUGAUCAUCCAGGAUAAGUCAUGCAGCCUGGGCCCAAAUGCAGUGUGCUCCCUGUUACCAGAGGACGGAGAUGUACUUAUGGUGGGCAGUUUCUCUGGCCUCACUGUCUCCCACACUGCCUCCCUAGUUGCUGAGAAACAUAAAUCCAACAGCAACAACCAGCCUACAGUCUACAUUUGUGUCAGCGAUUGUACAGAUGCUCAGAGGGCGGAGCUAGCGCUCGCUGUCUCCACCAUGGGCUGCAGGAAUGUAAAGCUGAUACUGGAGGUUUUCCAGUCUUUGGACGGUGGUGACAAGCGGCUUCAAAAGGUGCGCGUUAUCCUGUUGAUGCCCAAGUGUUCUGUGUCUGCAGUCAGCAACCCAGUCGAGUUCAUACUGCAAGAAAAUGGAGACACAAACCUGCUGCAGGACCUAUCCCAAGGCUCCCUAGCCCAGAGCAAACUGGAAUCUCUGGUAGCGCGGCAGAGGAAGGAUAUUGAUCAUGCAUUGAAGUUCCCCAAGGUGUUGGCGGUAGUAUAUUCUACCUGUUCGUCAUACCCAGAGGAGAAUGUGGAGGUAGUGAGCAGAGCCCUGCAGCAAGCCAAAGCCUGUUCAGACCAGAAGGGGGAAGCAAAACAAGCAAACUUCAGGCUGAGCCCUUCCACUUUCAGCUAUUCUGACCAUGCAGAGGCCGCGGAGACAACAGACCCCUUCUUCAUACUGGAGCCUUCAAAGAAAAGCAAUGGCUGCUUUCUUGCUGUUCUUAACAGAGAGCCUGAGCCAGAAGUCAGAGAGGCACCAGAGGAAGUCAUUGCCAGGGCAAAUGCAAAGGGAAUACUGGACAAGAUCGGUUCCAACCCCCUACCCAGAAAAGAGCACCAUGGACAUACAAACAGGAUGAAAAAAGGAGCCCAUACUCGCACCUCUCAGCCCAACCUCUCCGUUAGUAUGCACCCCAAAAACCAGCAGACCAAGGGCAGUAGCAGGGCUAUUUUGUGUGGGCAACAGGAACUUACUAACACACAAUCAUCACAAGGAAAAACAAAAACACUAGCCUUGCAAGCCUUAAAGAGCGCUGUGUCGAGCUCCAUCUCUUACUCCAAACAAGACUGCACCAGCUCCUGCUCCAAACCAGAAAACAGUGCGCCCUCUAAAAGCAUCGCCCCCGUCUUCAAAACUAAAACUACCAUCACAACCACUCUGCAUCCAGCCUCUCCUCCAGCAACCAAUGUGACCCCUGUUGUUCGUCCCCGUAGAGCUCAGCAGGAGGUGCUAAGGCCCAUGGUCCUCGUCCUGCCUCCCGUUCACUUCCCCAACUUCUUCCCACCUCGGCAGCCCCCUCGAACAGGAUUCAGCCCCAGCUUCAACUACAACAGGUGGAAGCCACCAGCUCAGCUUGUAUCCUCCUCUCGCUCAAGUGCUGAUCUCUCCAAGAACGCUACUGGCAAAUCCCAUCCUCUGUUUUGGCCCCACAAACUUUAGCUCAUCUGUUACAGAAGUGUUAACUUUUGUGUCAAAUGCUUACUUAAUUAAAGUCAGCAGUGUCUACAUCUAACAUCAAAAUGUGUACGGUCAUAUUAUAGUGCCAAGUUACACAGAGCAUGUGAGUGUCCUGUUAAAUGCUUCUAGAACCAUUAUUACAAUGUCAUUAUGAUAAUGUCUUUGUGUGCCAUAAAGAACAACCUUGCCACAGUCAGAAUCAAGUCAAGCUGUAUAUAUUUAUAGGGCUCGUCCAAUGUCAUUUUGAUGUCACUACACGAUGAAUAGCUUCUACCAGGGUUCCACUGACCUGAAAAAUUAAAGGACAUACUCAAGAA